AUGGGGAGUUGCUGCUCCCGGGGCGCGGCAGAAGACGCUCCAACAGGAUAUAAUGAGGCGGGGAAAGUCGAAUCCAAGUCGAAACACGACGAAAAUGCCUCGAUGGGUAACACAACUGCCCCACCUAAAACCAUCCCGCCUUCUGCCUCUCCUAAUCACUCCAGGAAGCCUUCGAAACCGACCCCUAUAGGGCCAGUUUUAGGCCGGCCAAUGGAGGACGUCCGCUCGACUUACACCAUCGGGAAAGAGCUCGGGAGAGGACAAUUCGGCGUGACGCAUUUGUGUACAAACAAACAAACGGGAGAGCAAUUUGCGUGCAAAACGAUUGCCAAAAGGAAGCUUGUCAACAAGGAGGAUACCGAGGAUGUUCGAAGGGAAGUCCAAAUCAUGCACCAUUUGGCAGGACAGCCUAAUAUUGUUGAACUGAAGGGGGCGUAUGAGGACAAACAUUCAGUGCAUUUGGUGAUGGAAUUGUGUGCCGGAGGCGAGCUUUUCGAUCGGAUCAUUGCAAAGGGACAUUACACAGAACGUGCCGCCGCAUCUUUGCUGAGAACUAUUGUACAGAUUGUCCACACAUGUCAUUCAAUGGGGGUCAUUCAUAGGGAUCUCAAGCCAGAGAACUUCCUUCUUUUAAAUAAGGAUGAAAAUGCACCAUUAAAGGCCACAGACUUUGGUUUAUCAGUCUUCUUCAAAGAAGGAGAUGUAUUUAAAGACAUUGUAGGCAGUGCAUAUUACAUAGCACCUGAAGUGUUGAAGAGAAGAUAUGGACCGGAGGUAGAUAUUUGGAGUAUUGGGGUCAUGUUGUACAUUCUUCUAUCUGGAGUUCCUCCUUUCUGGGCAGAAUCGGAGCAUGGAAUCUUCAAUGCAAUAUUAAGAGGACAUGUUGAUUUUACAAGCGAUCCUUGGCCCUCAAUCUCAAGUGGAGCAAAGGAUCUUGUCAAGAAGAUGUUAACUUCAGACCCCAAGCAAAGGCUCACAGCAUUCCAAGUUCUGAAUCAUCCAUGGAUCAAGGAGGAUGGAGAGGCACCUGAUACGCCGCUCGAUAAUGCUGUUAUGGAUAGGCUCAAACAGUUUAGAGCUAUGAACAAGUUCAAGAAAGUUGCACUCCGGGUUAUUGCUGGCUGCCUCUCGGAAGAAGAAAUCAUGGGAUUGAAACAAAUGUUCAAAGGGAUAGAUACUGAUAACAGUGGUACAAUAACACUUGAAGAGCUAAAGCAAGGAUUGGCGAACCAAGGGACGAAGUUGUCUGAAUACGAAGUUAAACAACUGAUGGAAGCUGCCGAUGCUGAUGGGAAUGGAACCAUAGACUAUGAAGAAUUCAUUACAGCAACAAUGCAUUUGAACAGAAUGGACAGAGAAGAGCAUCUAUACACUGCCUUCCAGUAUUUUGAUAAAGAUAAUAGCGGGUACAUCACGAUAGAAGAGUUAGAGCAAGCUCUUCGAGAAUUUGGCAUGAAUGAUGGAAAUGACAUAAAGGAAAUUAUUUCUGAAGUUGACGGUGAUAAUGAUGGCCGGAUCAACUAUGAUGAGUUUGUAGCCAUGAUGAAGAAAGGUAAUCCCGAUGCAGCAGUGAAUCCCAAGAAACGAAGAGAUGUCUUGUUUAAUAAUGUUGAAUAA